AAAAAUACUAGUACAAAAAGACGACUCCUAUUCUCUGAAGUUAACACAAUACACUCAUCAAGUUCUGAUAUCGCCAUAUCAUCUAAUGUGGUUAAUGCAGCUAAAUCUAUUCUAAAAAAAGAAAUUAAAAAAAAACCCAAACGCUUAAUUUGGAAUCGACAAAAUCAUAAUAAGCUUUUGAAAUUGCUCAAUUCGUAUUAUGCACCGAUAAAGAUGAUUGAAUCUCCAUAUUCACCAUUAAACUAUAAUACUAACAAAAUUGAGUUACCAGAAAUUGACCCAAAUUUUGAACACUUUCUUGAUAUAGUUGUAAAAGAAAUCGAAUUGAAUCAACAACAUGGCAUAUUGGAGAGAACAACUGAUCUAAAUAAAAUGAAUGCAUUAGUAGAAGAAAUUAACGCUGAAAAUCAAAAAUAUAAGCUAAAACAGCUCAAGGAAAAAAUGACAUUGUUAGAAGAUUUUGAAAAAGUAACAGAUUUCGAAUACUUAGAAAGUUUGUCUAACGAAGAAUACUUAAUGAAAUAUGUUACUCCUACUUUAACAAAAUUGAUAGUACAAGUUGCUAAAGUGAGACCAAAGAAUCCUGUUGAUUUUUUGGCAUAUAUGGCUCUUAAAGAGAACCCCGAAGGUUUACCAAAUUUUCCAGGCUAUUCUAAGGAGGGUGUAAAAAUACAAACAAUAUUGGAACGCAUGUUUUUUAUCUAUAAUUACGACGAACAUGAUAUAAUUAAAUUAAAACCAUUAAUGGACGUUUUAACAGCGCAUUUUACAGAUGACGAAGAUACCCAAAAUAGUGAAGAAGAAUUAUAA